CAGAGGUGGCAGCCAUCUUGGAUGGUGUAGUGUGUUAUGUAAGUGGGAGAAUAAAAUACAAAUAACGCCAUAAAUAAAGCGAGUUCUUCGCCUGUUAAUCAGAGUUAUGGCAAGGCCGUUAUUAAAGCUUCAGUCGUCCCGAGUUUUGGGAAGUAGAUUUUGCUCUCUCAGUAAAGCAGUAACAAGCUCAAGACUAUCAUCAACCGCAGCUUCUCCUGAGCCACAGAGAUCUUUUGGCGACUUAAAGGACGAAGAUAGAAUCUUCACCAAUCUUUAUGGCAGACAUGAUUGGAAGCUUAAGGGAGCUAUGCAAAGGGGAGAUUGGUACAAGACAAAGGAAAUCAUCCUGAAGGGUUCUGAUUGGAUUAUUAGUGAAGUGACCAAGUCUGGCCUGAGAGGUCGUGGAGGAGCAGGUUUCCCAACUGGAAUGAAAUGGGGUUUCAUGAAUAAGCCAUCAGAUGGAAGACCCAAGUACCUUGUUGUCAAUGCUGAUGAAGGUGAACCAGGGACAUGCAAGGAUAGAGAGAUCAUGAGAAAUGAUCCACACAAGCUGAUUGAAGGAUGUCUAGUGGCUGGUGCAAGCAUGGGUGCCAGGGCAGCUUACAUCUACAUAAGAGGAGAGUUCUACAAUGAAGCUUCUAAUAUGCAGCUUGCCAUCAAUGAAGCUUACAAGGCUGGAUUAAUAGGCAAGAAUGCUUGUGGAAGUGGCUUUGAUUUUGAUGUGUACAUGCACAGAGGGGCAGGAGCAUACAUCUGUGGCGAAGAAACUGCUCUUAUAGAAAGCUUAGAAGGCAAGCAAGGCAAACCCAGAUUGAAACCACCAUUCCCAGCUGAUGUUGGUGUCUUUGGCUGCCCAACUACAGUUGCUAAUGUUGAAACAGUUGCUGUUGCUCCAGCUAUCUGCAGAAGAGGAGCUGAAUGGUUUGCAGGUUUUGGUCGUCCAAGAAAUACAGGAACAAAGCUCUUCAACAUAUCUGGUCAUGUGAAUAAUCCUUGUACUGUGGAGGAAGAAAUGUCGAUACCCCUAAAGCUGUUGAUAGAGAAACAUGCAGGAGGUGUAAUAGGUGGAUGGGACAACCUCUUGGGUGUAAUCCCUGGUGGGUCUUCUACACCUCUCAUUCCUUUGGAUGUUUGUGAAGAUGUCUUGAUGGAUUUCGAUGCACUUGUACAAGCCCAGACUGGUUUAGGAACAGCAGCUCUUAUAGUCUUUAACAAACAGAGUGAUAUUGUAAAAGGAAUAGCAAGACUGAUAGAAUUUUAUAAGCACGAGAGCUGUGGACAAUGCACUCCUUGCAGGGAAGGAUGUAACUGGAUGCUCAAGAUCAUGAACAGAUUUGCUGUAGGAAAUGCUAAACCUGAUGAAAUCGAUAUGCUUUGGGAGUUGAGCAAGCAAAUUGAAGGACAUACCAUUUGUGCCCUUGGUGAUGGUGCAGCUUGGCCAGUCCAGGGUCUAAUUCGUCAUUAUCGACCAGAGAUAGAACAGCGCAUGAAUGACUUCGCUGAGAAACAAGGAGAAAAGAAAGCAGCUGCUCUUUGAGAAUAACAAGAUCUAAGAGUUUUAAUUCAAACUUUUGUAUUGAAACAAAAGGUUUGCACUUUGUAAUAGAAGUGUUUCAUCAAAAUCGGAUACGUUUUAUCUCUAAAUUAUUACAAUAAUCCUGUUUAUAGUGAUUGUUGAGUGAUUCUUGUUCUUCUUCUCACGUUUUGCCCUGCUGUUGUGUUGUGUAUAAAGAUCCUCAGAAAAGUGAAGUGAAUAUGAUGCUUAUUCUAUCAUAACUAACAUCUUAUAUUACCAGUGUUUGCAUUGCUACGCGGCCACCCCAGACAAAAAUCGCGACGUGCACUUUGCAAUAGACUGCCGUCAAUCAAACAAGUUGACGUCAUUUACACGCGUUUGGAUCGGCCCGGAUAGGCCACGCGAGUGUGGCUCAUAAUACUUGUAAACAAUCGACCGAAGUUUUGGCGCCUUUUGAAUCACACACGCGUGUAAAUGGCGUCAACGAUUUUUGUCUGGGGUGGCCACGUAGCAAUGCAAACACCGGUAAACAUGAUAAUGGUCCUUGGUAUUUCAAAAAAGUGUCCAAAUAUUAAAAAACAUUAAAUAUUGAA